UAUUGAUGAUGAAGAAGAGGAGGCUGACAAUGAUGAUGAUGAUGAUGAUGAUGACACCCUGGUGCCCUCAUGCUGUGACGGCCCCCCAUCCUUCUUGGAAUUCUCGCUGUCCUCCUCUACCUCUUCAUCCUCCACUUCCAUCAGCUCCUGCUCUGAUCUAGAGUCUGACUAUGUAGAUCAGUCCUCCUCCAUCUGCUCCUCCCUUGAUCACGACAAUCUGUCAGCUGCUUUGGCCCCCAAAAACCAGUCUCUUUCACAAGUCCCAGAAUGCCAGCCUCCCUCACGUUCACCUCCAUCCCUCCCUCUCAGCCGAAAUCCUUUCUUAACAUCGCAUUCACCAGUUGCUCCUUGUUCCCCUGAUGAGGGUUACCCCUCUGCACUAGACUCACCUUCUCCUGACUAUUUAGGCAUCAGCAGAGACUCUGAAGUCACCAAACUGGAUUUGCUUGACUUUUUAGAGUCAGUGGGGGAGUUUGGAAAAAUGGAGCGCUUCAGCCAGGUGAUCCAAGUUGCUCAUUGGGAUCUGGAGGGGGAACAACACUGGGAUGUUCUGCGGGAUCGGCUAGAUCACUUGGAUCGUUUGGAAAAGGUGAACAGGGAAGUGAAACUAGCCUACAUCGCUAGACUUCAUGAGAAGGGAUUUGAUCUGGGAGAUCUGGAGGAGCAGGACCUUACAGAUGUUAUGGAUGAAAUGGGCAACAUUGAUAUUCCUUGGAAGUUAUAUAAAACCCAUGAUGGAGCAAUGGAACAGUCUCAGGAGUUUUCAGAUGCUGGGGUCGAUCUUACUGCUCCAUCAGAUUGUGAUGAGCCUCUCGUUCCAGAAUCUCUAACCCCGUCCCCUGUGGAGCCUCCACCCAGACCCCCUAAACCUCCAGCACGUCAUGCCAGCGUGAGCUCAGACCUCCACACCUACAUAAACAUCAGCAGAGAGACCACUUCCAUGACUGUCACCACUUCACCCACACUGUCUACGUUUUCCCCUAACUCCUCAUCCCCCACAUUCACCACUUUUAGAUGUGGGAAACCCCUCCCUCCAUCUCCACCAUCUAUUUCUCCUCUCCCUGCCUCUAAGCCAGUCCCUUACCUCACUCUCUAUACCACUCCUUCCCCACCUCCAUCUAUUCCCACCCCAACCCCUCCCAUUCCUCCUCCUCGAAGGCGACACCUUGCCAGGAAAGAAGCUCAGCGCCUUGCUGCUCUUCAAGCCGAACAGGAAAGUACCCCUGUGUCUCUCCCACCACCCACCACACGCCCUCCACCUCUCCCUCCUCCACCUGUCAUUUCAGUUACUUUCUCCUCCUCUCCACCCACCAUACCACCUCCACCUGCACUACCUCCUCCUCCUUCUUUCCAUGCAUUGGAUGUAGAGAUUCGGAAGCUGCUUAUGCUUGCUGGAUUGACCCAAGCUGAGCUCCUUAAACUCAGCCCAGAGCUCGGUGUCUGUGUUGGGGAGUUAGAGGAUGAGGAAGAUGGAAAUAAUCACAUUUCAUAUAGAUCUCUUGAGUCAAAAGAGUUUAGACUACAAGACAGAGAGGAGGAGAAUGAAUCUGACAGAAAUGGAUGGAGCAAGUUUGAUGGAGAUCGAAAAGCAGAUACAGUUAAAGAAGACAAAAAGAAAGAAGAGAGCAAAGACACACAAAGAACCACGUCAUUUACUGAAAUGGCAAGAAGAAGAAAGAAGAACACUGGUUUGACAACUGACCAUUACUACAGCACCAGUUGUAGCAAUACACUUGAAACUAAAGCGAAGAAUAUAAGCAUCGGAACAUUCUGCUAUCCUACAGAGUUACCAGAUUCACCCCCACCUCCCCCUCCUCCUCGACCCUUACCACCAAUCCCCCCUUCUUUGCCACCCCUUAAAGUCAGCACUUUACCUGCCAAUUCUGAGCAACCUGAGCGCUUUGAUUGGCUCAUUGCAUUCACACCUGAAUGCGAAGCGCCACCACAGCAACCACCCCUGGAAAAGAAGAAAUCUCACGUGGAAACCUCUCUUAAGCUCAGUUCUUCAGGUUCAUCUCCGGGCUCAGCUCCAAAGAUCACAACUUUUAAAGAGCUGCGUUUCCGCAACAAGAGCGCCUCCCCUCCGACAAAGUUAAUCAUCGAGCCUGAACCCGACCCCACAAUUAUCACACCCGAUCCAGAUAUACUCUACAACUUGAAGUGGAGAAGGGAGAAGGCAGGCAGCGAUGGUCACCAGUGGGAGUACACCUCACAGGCUCAGGCCUUCUUCAUGCAGCCACCUCCAGCCCUCACCUCCAUGGACGCCCUGAAAGAGAUGCUCCAGAGAGCAGAUGAAGAAGGUGGAAAAUUUGAGCUGUGCUCAUCACAGAAGAUUGGCUGUUCAGUCAGUGACAGCAACCUGCUGACCAUGGACAGAGAGUGGAAGGGGGAAGCAGUUAAAGAGGAAAAGAAAAGGAAGGAAGAAGAAGAGAAACAGAAAGUGGAGGUGAGAGGGCGGGCUGAUGGAGGAAGGACUCUGGAAUCAAGAACAUCAGCUGUCCGCAGCGUCUCAUUCGCCGGCUCUGUACAAAAGAUAGACAAACCCUGGAUGGGCGAGGAUGUUAAGCAUCCAUUGAGGGGUUUCGGCCUGUCCUCUCAGUGCCUGCUGGAAAAGAAAGCCCUGGUCAGUGCAGUCAGCGUAGCAGUGGAAGCCAUCUUGGCCCAGUUCAGUUCUUCUCGGACUGUCGUCCAGAAGUCUUUCUCAGUUAACAAGGCAUUAUCAGGAGACAGCACUAUAAAUCCUUCUCUGGGCCGUCUGGUGCUGCAGUGCUUCUGCCCCGCCCUGCACAGCUUGCUGACUGAUGGCUUGAAACCCCACCAGAGUGACCUGAUUGCUGGCAGAAGACCAAACUCUGCCUGGGGUCUGGUCCAGACCACAACAAAAACAGGUCCUAAAACCCAAGCCUUGUUCAACCUAUAUGUGCGAGUUGGCGAGCUUCCCCAACUCAGACAGAGCAAACACAGGUUCAACGCAUUCCUCCUUGGCCUACUGAACACCAAGCUUCUUGACUCUUGGAUAUCUCACCUUCAGUCUUCCACUGAUGUUUUGGAGGCCUAUUAUUAUCCCACCGCUUUUAUGCGUCUAUCACUGAACGCCUGCCAGCCUCUGUUUGAAGAACUGCUCCUUGUGUUGCAACCUCUAAGCCUGCUCACCUUCAACCUCGACUUGCUCUUCCAGCACCACCAUUUAGAGCCAGACAGUCACAGGCCAGAGAUCCCCAGCCCACCCUUUCAGGAAGCUGGGUUCCAGCAGUCACUGAAGGGAACAUCCAAAAUCACAGGCAGCAAAUACAUGGAGAGCCUCACAGAAGUAGAUUUUGGAAGUCCAGAACAUCCAGUAGCUAUAGAUACAAAGUCUUCACCCUUUGCCAAUCUAAAGAGUGGAGGAUCAGGGCCAUCUACAAAUACAGAUGCUGCACCUGUAAAGGCUUGUAUGUCUCUCGGUCAAACAAGUCCUCAGCUGUUAUGGGUUCAGGAAAAGGAAAUUGGAGAUUUACCUCCUCCGAAUGUUGAAGAGGAUAGCUUUGCGCAGCAGGCAGGACAGGUGAUCCAGCAGGGAUGGGGGGCUGUGAUGCGCUGGGGUGGCCGCCUGAGCCAGAACCUUGCUGAUCUGAGUCUGUCUGCAAUGAAAAAGGAUGAGAUUAAGACUGAUCUACCAGAUCUCCAGGCCCAAGCAGGAAGUGACUACACUACUGUCAACAGCACUCAGGUUCCCUACGGUCUGGGCCGACUGUUUGGAGCCUCUAAAAGCCCCAACAGCCCAUCUGGGCACUCACAGUCAACCAGACGUCCUUCUCAGUGGCUAGCUCCUGGUGUUACAGCUUUGACCCGGAUGGUGAGCAGCAACUCUGCCCCGAUGCUACGAAGGACUCCUGAGCCCCAGAGAGGAAGGGAGCUAGAGUCAGAGAAAGAUGACACACUGGAUAUUAAGGACAAACCCAGACCACUCAGGUCCGUUCGAACGCUGUGCGACCACACUGGAACCGGUUCAGAGCUCAGCUUCUGUAAAGGUGAAGAGCUUGUGGUGUUAGCAGGCGUCGAUCAAGACUGGAUUCGCUGUCGACAGGGAGACAAAGAGGGGCUGGUACCUAUCGGAUACACCUCCCUCAUCAUGUGACGUUGGCACUUAUAACUGCUGCUCCAAAUAAAAGAAUAAAGAAUAAAUACAUAUUAAAUAUAUAUAUAUAUUAGGUGAAUAUUGAGAGGUUAUGGUGAGGUUGCACUACUCUGAAAGGGAUAUUUCAUGCAUGGCUUGAUUAUAGUUUAAGUUGAUUGCACCAUCUGCUUGGCUUUACUUUCAUCAGGAGCAAUCUGCAGCCUUCUCCCGUUAUGAACAUAUGGGAGAUUUUCCCAUCAUCGUCCAUCCAGUCUGGUAGCAUUCAGCUAAUGGAUUUUAGCAGCAGGAAUCCAGCAGAUGGUGUGAAAUAAUGACUUAACUCAAAUUUAGACCAUCUCACACAAGAAGCCUUUAGAUCUUUGUUUGAAGUAUCCCUUUAGAUGUCUUUUCCUCAAUUGUUGUCCUUCUUGUCAGCCCCAGAUCUCAGAUUGAUCAAAGGGGAAAUUCUUUGCCGCUGAUUUCCGACAGAUUUGACCUCUUUGGGAUCAGCGGCUGUGUUUUUAAGGAAGCGAGUCGAGAGACUGAAUGCAACUACGCCAACUUCUCUCUGUCAGUCAGCUCCAGAGAGUCGUGGCUCACGAGUCAUCAAGUGGAGAAGACAUGUUAGAGUACUGCGCCGCAGCUCCUGUCGCAUACUGCGUAUUGAUGUAGUGAAUUGUAGCUGUGUAGAUUUGUGUUCUAUUUGACCUUUUCACCCUUAUUGACCUCUCAACUUUCUCGCCUGGUUUGUGUGUGUUUCUGCUACUAUAUUUGACUGUAAAAAUAUAUUUAAAAACUCUAUAUGUAUAGGUAAACAAAUUGAGAUUGAUGCUACUGUAAUAGAAAGAUAGAUAAACAAGAGAAAGAAUAUAGUGAUAAACAGGCAGUGGCAGAAGACUGUGGCUUUAUUGUGGGAGUGAUCAGAGAUAAAUGGAUUGAUCCAUCUCUAUGUGCAGUUUGCCUCACACAUCAAGUGGUUGUUGUACAUGCAAAAUUAUGGAUUUAUUUUAAGUAUGAAAUCCAGUAAUUUCCCUUUUGCGUGCUUUAUGUGUUGCUAAUGUCUUGACAUAAUCAUAUCAUUAUUAUACAUAACUCAUACCUUUAUGCCUGUAUGCAUUUGAAUGUGCCAUGAAUGCUUUGAAUUAAUGAAAAACAAAUAUAUCCCCACAGCUGAUAGAAAACAACAGCAAUCUGUAGUUAAUCUAAUAGUAAUAACCUCACAAAACUAUCCUCAGCUCUUGUUCAACGCUUUCGGAACUGAAAUGAAUGCAGUGAGAAAAUCUCCCAUCUUCCCCUCGCACCUCAGCUUCCUCAAUCAUAACCAUUGAUGUUAAGGAUAUUGGUGGAAGUGGUACUUUGGUUCUGAUGUUUCUCAUAUGAAAUGUGUUGCUUUGUGUCAUAUAUUUAUUAGUUAAUCUCUAGAUUCUGUAUCGAUGACUAUGCAUAUGCUGUAAUGUUCAACUCUUUUGUUUGCUAUUAAGUUGAGAUUUGAGUUUGACAUCUGAGGCAUUAAAGAAUAGCUUAGAUUAUAAAAGUUACUAUGUAAAAAUACAUAAUAUUUGAUUCAUCAGGAAUAUUUUUUUGUUGUCGACAAAUCAGGGAAAGCUCAGUUCUUCAAAAUUGCCUCGUAUUUUUCCGGCGGUGCCGUGUAGCAUGGAAUCACUGGCACCGUGGCGACAGUCCAGUAGCAGUAAGUCAAACCACUUCUUAUGACAUCUAAGUUAUGAUCGCGGUAAAAUGCCAUCAAAUUGAUAGUAUUAAGAAAAAUGUUGAUAUUCAGAUAGAAUAAUAAUUGACUCAAAGCUUUUUUUUUCAAUAAUGUGAUUGAAAACUGUUGAUUUAUUGGAUGUACUAUUUAUUAAGCUCAAGGCGUGUGAAAGGGACAGCUCUCUAGCUGGGUUCUUUAAGUGAGAGUGUGCACAUGUAUGAGCGUGAGUGUGGCAGUGAAAGUAGAGAUGAGUGUAAACACUUUCUGCUUUUACACCAUGUCUGUCAAUAAGUUCUGAACCUCCUGCUCCUCUUUUUUCUCUCUCUGGUGUCACGUAGCCUGUAGACAUUUCUGUGUCCCACUGUUGCAUAUAGUUGGGUGCCCAUCUAGUGUCAGUCACUGUCCAAAUCCUGCAUGUGGUUGUUUGUAAAUACACCAAAUAAAAAAAUGAGCUGUAUAAACCAAA